AUGUAUAAGUCCAUAUGGGCAGCACUCCACUCUUGAUGUUUAAACUCGGGUGCAAGGUAAAAGAAUCAGUUAUGUAGACAAAUGACCAGCAACACCGAGAUAUUUCGUGAAUAGUUCAAGUGUAUUCAGUAAAAGACACCUGGUUACAGAGACCACUAAAAGAUGGUUGCUAUAAAUGCACCAAUUGCCUAACGUGCAGGGGAAUGUUACAGGGCACACAUUUCACCCAUCCUAGGACUGGAACUAAAUUUCGGAUCAACCAUAGGGUCACUUGUACCACAGAUCACGUCGUAUAUAUGGCCUGGUGUCCGUGUGGAUUACACUACAUUGGGAAGGCAUCCACCACAUACCGCGAACGGAUGAACAACCAUCGUUGUGCCAUCAGAAGUGCCCUGACUACUGGGAAAGCAGAUCAACCCAUUACGAAACAUUGGCUGAAUAGCAAGCACACCCUCCCACAGUUCCGGCACAUGAUCAUAGACUAUGUGCCUGUUCCUAGGAGAGGUGGCAACAGAGGCCUCCUACUACUACAGAAGGAAUCCAUGUGGAUUUACAAACUAGAUACCUUGUCACGAGACACUUCCUAUGUCCCCCUUUUAUUGAGAUCGGAACACUGGGUCAUAAACUAUCCACAGUAUAAUUACCUCAAAUGAAGACUUUGACAGUUGGGUUUGACUAAUCUUUAUUUUGUUGGUUUUUAUUACCGUUUGCAUUUUUUGACUCUUUGGCUUCUGGAUGUGAAUGUCACAACAGUAAUAGUAUAGAAUUGCAAAUAUGGGCUCUGGCGGCUGAGAGUUGGACUCAUCGAGUGUAUGAGUCGAUAUCUCUUUUGCUUUUGGGGUUGAUCGUUUCCUCGCAUUCCAAGGUGCUGGUGCCGUUCUGAUCCAGCUAUAUAACAAUAUGUAUAAGAUUAUUCUUGAUUGUUGACAGGUGACUUAUCAGAGUUUAUCACAGGCAACUAAUGACAUAUGUAUUGCAUAUAUGAUAUUUUUACAACAGGCUAGCUUCCAUGAGGACGAGGGGGACAACAACAGAACAUUUCGGUCGGCCUUUUGGCAGGAUGAUGGACCAACCAGUCAUAUGUGACCGUGGACCUCGCUUAGGUUAGCAGUGAGGCGCUGUGCUAAGGAGUCCUACGAGAACAUGCUCCCAAACAAACACAUCACACUGCACCAGGACUGAUAAGAAAUGUGGUUUGGCCGUCAGGUACACACAGCCUAAAUAUGCCCUGAGGGGAGUGAGCGUGGGGCAGGCCUUUCACUUACGUCUAGCUGACACUCCAGGGCAUCGCUGUCUGGACGGUGUAACGAAUCCACAAACACUUCGGUUCGAUCAAGGGACUGCAAUAUCCCUCUUAGGGAUUCCCUUACUGGGCGGUGCGCUAAGAGGUGUGGCUGACAAAUACUAACUGUGAUAGGAAGGAGCCUCUCGAGACGGACUGAAGGACAGCACGCGCCUCCAGCUUUUGUACGCUGGCGGCGCUUUUACAAUACCUGAGAAGGGAUUGACCACGUACUCACUUGUGACACAGAUGGUUGGCCCGCUGUCUGCAGUAUGGGCGAAAUCGCUAUGAUACUUCUCUGUGGAAUUGAUCCCUCUCGUCGGGCUAGCUGGGUCCUGCUGGUAUUGUCUCAUGAGUGUUCGUGGAUGUUAUACAGAUUUUCAUGUGGACUUUGGUGGCACAUCUGUGUGGUACCACAUACUAAGGGGAGGCAAGGUGUUUUGGCUAAUACCUCCUACAGAUCAAAAUCUGGAACUCUAUGAGAAUUGGCUGCUCUCGGGCAAACAAGGUGACGUUUUUCUUGGGGACAGAGCAACAGAGUGUCAGCGAAUUGAACUAAAACAAGGCUACACAUUUGUUAUUCCCUCAGGAUGGAUUCAUGCUGUGUACACACCUCAGGACACACUGGUGUUUGGGGGAAAUUUUCUGCACAGCUUCAACAUUCCAAUGCAACUUCGUAUAUAUAGCAUCGAGGACAGGACGAGGGUACCUACAAAAUUCCGAUAUCCUUUUUACUAUGAAAUGUGUUGGUAUGUGCUUGAAAGAUAUGUCUAUUGCAUGACUCAACGCUCUCAUCUCACAAAGGAGUUCCAAAGGGAGUCUCUGAGUAUUGAUUUAGAGCUUAACGGUCGCCAGAGACCAGACACUCCAUCCUUAUCCUCAUCCGCUUCAUCUGAAUUAUCGUCUUCCUCUGAUAAUGAUGAUUCCUCUGAUCAAGAUUGGGAGGAAGAAGGAAGUCUUAAGAAGAGGGAAAGAGAUAGACUUAGAGUGGAGCAUGAACUUCAGAGGAGAAGGAACAGGGAUAGGCAACAAAGAGACCAAGAAAGAGAUCAUCAACAUGCUGAGAGAAUAAUUAUCCAUACUCUACCUGCGUCACUACGUCCUUUAACUCCACCACCUUCCCUUCCUCUGCCAACACCAGAUUCACCUCCCAGCACUUCUCCUUACUUGACAUGGUUUGAGAUUGAAGGAUUACACUGUCUUGUGCUGAAACUUGAAUCCUUGCCACCUCAUAAAAAGUGCCUACCAGAUGGUAUCCAUGACCCAGAAGCUCUUAUCUCUGAUAUCAAGAGUCUUCUUGAGGACCACUCUCAUGAUCCACCUGAGCUUGCACUCACUGGCGUUCCAAUAGUUCAGUGGCCCAAGAGAAAUCAGUAUAAGGUCCACCUUCGGCCCAAGAUUCAGUUUACAAAACCUCACACUAUGCGUCCAGCUUCCCGUCACUCCACAGCUCCUCCUAGGACAUUAGGCACUCCAUCUGGUACUACAGCUUCUUCGGGUGCUCGAAGGCGUCGUGUCAGGUGUCGCAAAUGUCAAGCUUGUGUCCAGCGAGAGUGUGGGACUUGCCACUACUGUAAGGAUAUGAAGAAGUUUGGAGGGCCAGGCCGUAUGAAACAAUCUUGUGUACUAAGGCAGUGCCUUGCUCCCAGACUGCCCCAUUCUGUAACCUGUGCUUUGUGUGGGGAGGUGGAUCAAACAAAUGACACACAGGAUUUUGAAAGAAAACUCAUGGAGUGUUCAGUUUGCAAUGAAAUUGUUCACCCAGGAUGUCUAGAGAUGGAUGGUGAAGGACUUCUAAGUGAUGAACUUCCAAACUACUGGGAGUGCCCCAAAUGUUAUGAGGGGCAGAAGCACACGAUGCAACCAAAUCAUGAUCACAUCGAACUGCACAGUAAACGUAAAGCUGCUGACUAUGAGAGCAGCCAUUUCUACCCUGCCAAAGUUCUGCGGCCUCCACUGGGGCAGAGCCCCCCAUCCCCACCUCUUUUGCUCCCACCUUCUCCUUCAUCUGCUCCACCUACACCACCCUCUUCGCAGACACAAGUCCCACCUGCAAGCCGAGAAGAGCGAGCAAAGAGGCGCCAACUUACUAGAGAGAAAGAGAACCACCCGACUGGAUGUGAUCAGUCUGAGGGAGAUCGCUUGCGGCUUAGGGGGCCCUACCUCGCGGUCACUCUUCAGCGUUCACCAAAAGAAUUAAGCUUCACUUCCAUUGUCCCCAAGUUACAAGCCAUCACACCAAAUCCCCGUCAGCCUAUGCAUGCAGCUCCACCACAGCAUCCUGAUGAGGAAGAAGAGGAGGAAGAGACAGAGAACAGUCUCAUACUGGGUCAAAGAAAAAACAACAUAUCAAUGCAGAAAGUUGUUUGGCUCUCUGUUUUCCAUUACCUCACACAUGAAGAGCUUUGCAUCUGUAUGACAGUGUGCAAAUCCUGGUACAAAUGGGGCUGUGACAAACGUCUCUGGUCCAAGAUUGAUGUUAGCCGCUGCAAGUCUCUAGUACCACAGGCUCUCAGUGGCAUUAAUAAACGUCAACCUGUAUAUCUUGACUUGAGCUGGACAAAUGCAUCAAAGAAGCAACUUAUAUGGCUUAUCAACCGGUUGCCAGGUCUGAAGGAUUUAAUCCUUGCUGGGUGCACUUGGUCUGCUGUCUCUGCCCUUGCUAGCUGCAGAUGUCCCCUCCUGCGUACUCUGGACCUGCGCUGGACUGUUGGAAUCAAAGAUACUCAGAUUAGAGAGUUGCUUACACCAGCCUCAGACAAAACAGGACAUGACUCUCGCAGCAAGCUACGUCUGCUAACAGAUCUGCGCCUUUCUGGCCUUGAUAUUUCUGAUGUUACUUUAAGGUUAAUCAUGCGCCAUUGCCCACUUCUGUCUAAGCUUGACCUCAGCCACUGUCCCCUGCUUUCCGAUCAGUCUGUAAACCUCCUUACAGCUGUGGGCUCUUCUACAAGAGGAAUACUCACUCACAUACACUUAGCAGGUUGUAAAGGGGUGACAGAUGAGUCUCUUCUAUAUCUACGACGUGCCACCAACCUGUCCCUUAUUGACUUGCGUGGUUGCAAGCAGGUUACUCGGGGAGCUUGUGAGGGAUUUAUUUCAGACCUCUCUGUAAGCAUCUUGUAUUGUCUAUCAGAUGAUAACCUUAUCCAGAGGAUCACCUAGAGUGGAAGGACCUGUUAAUUGUACUGGAAGAGGUUAGAGGAGGAAUGUGGAAGAACAUAAUCUCCCCUGCCUCUCAUCUGCUCUCUCCUGCCACUCCAUAAGAUACAAAGAAGGAGCAAUAAUUGGAAUCUCUGCCUACAUCCUCCAGUGAAACCAUUGUUUGAUCCAAGGAAAUGUGCCAUUAAAACGUGUAUAUAACCAACUGUGGUUGGCAUAGUGCCCUAAUGGUUUAUGGGGCCCCUCAACUCAUUAGGGCACCCUGCCAACUCUUACUCAUUUUUUUGCUUAACUCACUCUAUUCUUCAGGCUGGUCAGUGUGCAUAGCAAGGGUGAAGGAAGGUUUUGUUUUAAGGGUUUUUUUCUGUUGUUGUUUUGCCUUUUAGGGAUUUGAGAGAUAUGAGAGAGAAUGCUCCGCUAAAGUUAUAUAGGUGUCUGAUGAGUUGUGUGUUUAAUUAUAUGUUUGAGAGGGAACAGGCAGGUUUUGUGAUAAAUAGUUUUUUUUUUUUUUUAAUUGGAUUGUAGCUGUUUGCCCAUUACCUCUCAUACAGAGUACAGACAUUCAUUUACACUUAAUAGUACAUUUAUUUUAUGCACCAGUGCAGCCAUUUGUGGAUAUAUACAUAUAUAGAUAUAUAUUAAAUGCCGGUAGGUACACAGAGUGUUAUGUAUGUCAGUGCCAGUGGCACAAUCGGCUGUCCUCGCCUUUGACCUGGCAUUAGAUUGUAUAAAAAAAAGAGCCUGGAUAAUAUUUUUCUCUGUGGAGCGAUCUUGCUUUCCCUUUAUUUCUUUUGCAAUAAAAAAAAGUUUAUGAUACAA